UUUUCUGAUGACUACCCAACACUCAGUGGCAGUGGUGACCCAUCACCAAACUAAUGGUUGCUGGGCUUAGAACUAGUACGAGUUAAGGUUCCCCGGUACUGGAUUGAGUCCGUCAGUUAGUCAUUUGGUUGACUAUCUUCAAACCAUAGUUAUAUAUACAUACAUACAUACAUUUGUAUAUGAGUAACUAUCAUCAUUAAUAAUUCAUUAUUAGUUCAUUGUGUUGAUUGAUCAUCUCAAUGGUCAUCAAUCCAUUUUAAACUUGAUUGCAUUUAUACCUAUACAAUUAGUGAUAAUUUUGAUUAUUAACUAUGACUCAAGAAGCCAUACUUAGUCGAAAACUUAUUAUAGUGGGAGAUGGAGCAAUUGGUAAAACUUCAUUAUUAUAUGUAUUCACAUUAGGUGAAUUCCCCACUGAAUAUCAUCCAACUGUAUUUGAGAAUUAUGUAACUGAUUGUCGAAUCGAUGGUAAAACAGUUCAAGUAGCAUUAUGGGAUACUGCAGGUCAAGAAGAAUAUGAACGUUUACGUCCAUUAAGUUAUCGUAAUAGUCAUGUAGUAUUAAUUGGUUUUGCAUUAAAUACUCCCGAUUCUUUAGAAACUGCAAGAACAAAAUGGAUUGAAGAAGUUAAAAAAUAUUGUCCUCUGACUCCAUAUGUUUUAAUUGGUUUAAAGAAAGAUUUAAGAUUAAGUACUAAAGAUCAUAUUAAUUAUGUUCAAUUCGAACGUGGUAAACAAGUUGCUCAAGAAAUUGGUGCUAAAGUUUAUUUAGAGAGUAGUGCAUUAACAGGUGAAGGAGUUGAUGAUAUUUUUGAAUAUGCCAUAAGGACAAGUUUAUUGGUUCAGCCAAAGACUAAAAAUUCAUGUUGUGUUAUAUUGUAAGUAGUUAAUCAACGAUAUGAUAGAGGAAUUGAUUUAGUGUAGUACUCUUAAUGUAGUCAUACUCCGUUAUCGGCUUUAAACUCUCUGCUAUAGUAUACCCAUCUGCUGUAGUAUAUUGGUGGUAUGGAACUAUAUAGUACCAAAAUAGCAAUAUCUACGUUAAUAUUGCACUAUUGCACUAUUGCACUAUUAUUCAGAAUUAGACUAUUUUAGUGACACUUCGAAUUACACUAUUUUAGUCAACACUAUUCAAAUUACACUAUUUAGUAUAAUACUAGUAUAGCACUAGGCUAUGCUAUGGUAGACUUACUCCACUUCUAGUAGUCUAUACAAUUACUACUAUUCGUCUACUAUACUAUUAGUAUACUCUAACAUUACCACCUUAUAACCUAACCUUAUAACAUUACUACAACUUUAUUACUAUACU